AUGGAAGUGUUGUCAACUCCCCUGCUGACCUAUGCGGCACAGAGAGGAGUACAGUCGCGGCUGUUGCUGGUGCCUCGCUGCGGCCACGGGAGCUUCCUCAAACUCAUUCGCUCCGAGCCAUCCAGCUUCAUUGGCUUCCUACGCGAGACGCUGCGUGUCAUUGAGGAGGUGGAAGGUCAUGAGAACUACAACUUGCGGAUCACAGCCGGGUCUUUGCCUCUUCGGGGACUGGAGCCUCCAGCAGAGCUAGUGGAAGAUCUGGCGCGCGCAGGCUUCUCAGUGUCGAUCUUCGCCGAUGCAGCCCGCAAACGUGAGCCUGCAGAUGCAGACACUUUGUUGGACCUGGAUGCUGCCAUUGACUACCAAGAUGCGUCUGGAAGGCAUGUGAGGCUCCCGAUUACUUCCGGAGAUAUCACUCUGAAGCGCGGCGAGCACACGCGAUGUGCAUUGGAUGCACAGGGUAGACCCGUGCUAGUGGUGGUCCUGGAACGCUUUGUGCGCUUUCAACGGGACUGCAGCGAUGCAGAGCUCUUGGAGCUUUGGACUUUGGCCUUGAAUGUCAUUGAGGAAAGCAGCGGGCCACAGGAGGGAGAUCCCUUCGUGGACAUGCGAUUGAACGCUGGGACCUUCCAGAACAUUCGCCAUUUGCAUUUGAAGGUCUGGCUGAACAGAAAACUCUUCGAAUCCACCUGGGCUGCUCACCCGGCCUACAAAGUCCUGGCACAGCACCGAGAUGAGCGCCGUGCCCGUCGUGCUGCCAGACCACGCGAUGAAGCAGAUGUGCAGACGGGCGAAGAGCGGGUAAAAAUGAGGGCGGCAAAGUCCACCAGGCAAUAUCUCCCGAGAAAUGAUAGCUACUCACAGUGA